AAUUUCUUAGUAAUUGUAAUGUAACUCUAUAACUUGGUUAUUUUCUCCCCAAAUCUUGUAGAAUUUGGUUCUGAGGCAAUUUCGGACCCGAGCCGGCGACUAGAUAAUUUGAGCCAUCGGAAGAGGGCCGGAGGGAAGGUCCUACGUACCUACAAAGAUCUCACGUGCAAGGACCCGAAUCCUAAUCCUACCUGGGCUACCUCCUAAUCUCUUCUUCCCCUGCAUCGUGACAUGUGAUCACACCUUUCCUGUUAAAUUUCCAACCUCAUUAUUCUAUUUAUCUCCAUUUGCUCUGCCCAUCCUCCUUCCGCUUUAGCAAAAGUCAAUUCGUAAUCAUGGCGUCCGCGGGAGCAAUUCAAAAGUUACGCGCAUUUGCUAGCUGUGACAUUGGUGAUGCAUUGGUCAAGCUCAAGUACCCAUUCGGGGGUUUCCUCGAUGGUAUCACUAUGUGGUCACCCGAUAGACGAGCCGGCCAAGCUAGAAUGUUCGGCCCGGUGAUCACCGUGAAGAUGGUUGUGGUCAGCGACCGCGCAAGCCCCACGCCGGCACAACACUUUGCGGAUUACAACGAGCAAGGGAAAGUCAUGUACAUCCAGCAACCGAAAGGACUACACUCGGCUUGCUGGGGCGGGCUCAUGUCGACACGAGCCAGCCAUGUCGGAGCUAGUGGUGUUGUAGUAGAUGGGAGGAUAAGAGAUGUCAAUGAACAUCGGGAACUUGACUUCCCGGUAUUCGCACGGGAUACAUCAAUUCUAGGAUCCAAUACUUUUACUCGGGCAUCUGAAAUCAACAUCCCACUUCAAGUCAAUGGGGACCUCUGGGUCAAUCCCGGCGACUACCUUAUCGGAGAUGCCGAUGGUGUCGUAGCAGUACCUCCCUGGUUAAUUGAAUCUGUCGUGGAACUAUGUGAAGAGCGAGCGGAGAUUGACCGAAAGACCAUUGAGGCCCUCAAGCGCGGGGAGCAGAUGGGUCCGACUCUGAAGGCGUUACGGAAGCCGUAAGAAAAUCACCAAAAUUACCUAGUAUAUAGCUUGCAGGAUUUGAUUAUUUCAUCGGACUAUAGUUUAUUACGAAAAGUUACAUAUCUACUUGUAUAAAUCGAAUCGAUUUGAAUUGAA